UAUUAAGUAAAGAAAGUUGAAAUAAAGAAGUUUUUGCAGAUUUUAAUUAAUUAACUGAAUUUUAAUGACAUGAGAUUUAAUAUCAAAUAAAAUAAAAACAAAAAUCAAACCUAAUUGGAUUAAUUUUAGAUUUUUUUUUGUAAAAGUCCCAUAAACGAACUCCAAAAAUGGAUUUUUUCCAUCGUAAUAUGGAUACCAUAAAAGGUAAACUACCUCAGAUAUCAAAUGUGCCAAAAUUAUCGAAACUAAAAUCACGCAAAAUAUUCAGUAAUUCUCGCGAUAAUUUAUCAACACAAUUAGAGGAUAAUCAUCAACCGAAAACUUGUACAUUACAAUUACCAUCACCAAGUGGUGCCGUAGAUUUAACACCAACUCAUAUUGGUACAAUAUCUUCAUUAGUUGAUGGUGCUCAACAAUCGAAUUUCAAUAUACCUGAAGAAUUUAUUGGUCGUUCACCAAUAGGAGGACGACGACGUAUUCGUUUCAGUGAUUCUAGUUCUAAUAACAAUCUUAGUGAAAUUGGUAUGAAAAAUGAUAAUCAACAAUCGCAGCAACAACAUUCCCAACCGGCAUCUCCAAAUUCUCCUAAUGAAAAUGGUAAUAAAACCCGUUUUACUGAAAAAUUAACGAGACAAUACAAGGAAUUGUCUGAGUUCAAACUAAGUAAUUUGUUUUCAAAGAAAACUGUUGUCCGAAAAACGGAAAUUGAAGUAAAUACGUAUUUACAAGGCUAUCAGCAAGAUAAUGGAUUUGACAACCGUACAUACAAUCAUGAUGAAUCAGGAUUUGGUAGUGGAAUGGAUGCAAGUCAAGAUUUAUACAAUAGAAAGAGAAGAAUAUCAGAAGUGUCUAAUUUCGACCUCAGUAUUAAUAGUUUACCUUCAGGAUCUGAUCCAUCACCAUUACCCAAACCAAAAGCAGCACUAAAAAUGCCACCAAUUCCACCAGCCCCAGAGAGAGGAACAGUGAAAAUUGUUAGUCCUAUAAACGAAAAACAAAUUCAAAAAGAAAAUUUUGUUGAGGAAAUGAAAAAACAACAGCAAUGUGUAGAGCAUGAAGAAAUUCCAAUAACAGCUCCACUGGCGAAACGAAAAGUUUUUGUGCAAGAAAAUCAAGAAUCUUUCGAAUCAGUUAAUAUGAACGACUUCGAAGAGACGACAAAUAAAAACAAAAAAAAUUCAACCAGAAAAUAUCGGAAGGAAAGGCCGUCUUCAACAAAAUCAAGAAAAUCGAUAACAAGUAAUCCUGGUUCAAUUCGCUCUAGAAAUGGAUCGGACAAAAAAAAUCGAGGAAUGUGGGAACUAAAACGACCUAUUCGUAUUAAAGCAACUGAAGAAGAUUUUAAAAAUCCUGUCGAUCCAAACACUUUAGAUAGUUCACCAGACUUUCGUAAAACUCUAACAGGCAUGUUUAAAAAAUUCCAAACGAAUAAUUCUGUUGAUGAAAACGAUGAAUCAGUGGCACCAAAACCAUCUGCGGUACAGAGAAUACAAAAGCUAGGUGGAAAUAGAACAAAAUCUGAGCCUAAGAUUCAACCUUUACCAGAUUAUGGGGAAGGAUGCGUGUUUAAAAAGCAAUUUAAUAAGAUAAUGGAUAACACAGGCAAACUGAAAAAUUUCAUCAAAAAUGAUAACGAAAAUAAUCAACCAUCUUGCGUGCCGGAAGAUCUUGCAGAUGAAAUAUCUGAGAAAGUAAAAUCUAUAGAAGAAAUAGAAAAACUUGGUUAUGGUAGGAAGAAUCUGAAAUAUAUUGAAAUGUGGAAAGUUCGUCGUCGUAGAGAAAUACGACGAAAUGAACCAUUCCCCAUUAACAAGGCAGAUAACAAUGAAAAUAAUGAUAGUGAAGCUGUUAAAGAAAGCGAAAAGGAAACUGCGGAAGCAUCACAACUUGCGGAAUUAAAAAAAUCUCUUUCAAAAGUACUAAAGAAAAGACAAUUAGAUAGAGAAGUUUCUGCUGAAAGCACCACAGACGAUGAACCACGACAAACUGAACAGCAACAGGGAGCUAAAAAAGGCUUUGGAAAUCUAUUUAAGAGGCAAAUUUCUAAGCAAACUUCAAUUUCUAAUGAAGAUAAUACUGAAGAAACCGACGAGCAAAAAGCGCCAUUCUGGAAAAAGUCUAUUAAAAGAAAAGUUCAAGUAGAUGAAUUAGCUAAAUCAUCAGACAAUCUUCAUAAUGUGGAUGAUAAUAAAGCACCAAAACAAGAAUCUCCUAAGAAAGUUAGUCUACUUAAUAAAGCAAAGAGUAAAGUCGAAAAAUUCAAGUCAACUAAAAAAUCUUCAAUUGAUGUGAAUGAACCGGAAAAACUUCCUGGAAAGACUGAUAAAUUACUUAUCAAUCCAGCUAAUUUGGCUAAUGAAUUUUUAAAUGCGUUAGACGAUGUUGAUGAAGAAACAAAACGAGCCAUUGAAGAAAUGGAGAAGAAUUCAAAAUGCACUAACUUUAAUCCACCACCACCUACGGCUACAUGGCAAACGAAUAAAACUAUAUCCGGAGCAGACUUUUCUUCAGGCUCGGAAGAAUCAAUUACAACACCAGGAUUUUUGGCACAUGACAAUGCACCAGAUUCUGAAACCUAUGUAAGUAGCGAACCAACAGUCAUAAUUUUAAGUGGUCCAAUGCCAGCAUUUAUGACAUUGCAAAUUGAAGAAAAUACUAUUGGUAACACGAGACCUAGAUCUCCCAGUCCAUUUCAAGUUCCAAGGGAAAUGGAAAUGUUAUCAGCACCAAACAUUGCACCAAGAAGAAGUCCAAUUCCUACUGAAACUCUAAAAAAUCCAACUCAAAAUCUGAGAAUCCCUACUCCUGCUCAAUCAAGAACAGAGACGCCUGUACCAGAAUACUUUGAAAGACCAAGAUCAUCAUCUCCAAUACGUUUUAAAACGGAUGACAUUUUAGAUAAUUCUCCGAUUCCACCGAGAUCUAAUUUAAUAAAAUCUGCUGGUUUCCAUGAUUUAGCAAGUGCGUCUUUGAAUUCCCCAAUGGAAUCACCCAUUUUGGGUAGACGAGAUUACCAGUCAAAUACUCAACCAUUUUCUUUAUCACCAUCAAUGCCACAGAGAAGAACUCCAUCACCGUCUAUAGCACCACCAAAAGAAACCCCACCACCACUACCUUCUUGCUCACCUCCACUUUUGGACAUGACAACAAAAAUAUUUCCAGAUAUACCACUGGAAUUUGAAGAUGCUAUAGAGCUAAACCCCGAAAUGAACAUACCACACAAAUUCAAUUUCAAACCAGAUGCAUUGCAGGUUAUCUUAGAAUCACCAUCCUCAGCUACUAAUAGUUUGGAUGUGGUAGAAUUACAAUUAGAAUCUUCAUCUACACCGCCGUACUCAACACCGGUACAGUCUCCGCCAGCACUAAAACGAACUACACCAACUCCAAAAACAGUAACUGCGGAGACAUCGAUUCCCAGUUUGAUUCCACCGACCGCCAAAAUACAUUCACAAAACGAUAAAAUUGAAGCAAAUGCAAGUGCAAUACCAAGACCACGACAUAGUCGAAAACCUUCAAUGGAUAAACCACAAAUACAGACCGCUGAAAUCGCAAAAGACAUUCUUCCAAGAAGCCCUAUAGUUGGAAUAAAUAAAAUUGGAGGCAAAAAUGAGGAAACAUCACAAAGUGGAUCGGAAAUUGUCAAAAAGUGGAGUAGUGUUGACAUUUUCAAUAAUAACGAAGAAGUAUUUAAUGACUUUGAUGAGGCGUUGAAAAAUGUACCAGUUAUCCCAAUUGUAAUUGAAAAAGAUCAAGCACUAUUUAGUGCAAAUAUCAAGAAAAAAUGCGAGAAUAAUAACACUAGCAAUAUUAUUAGAGAAUACAAAUCUAUGUCACCAAGUUUAGAAAAAAGUUCUGAUUUUCUAAUGCAUGAGCAAGAAAAUGAUGAUUCUGAUGAUGAGGACGAUAUGAAUGAUAUCAAAUUAUUAAAUACGGAAAAUAAAAUAGCAACAAGUAUACCACAUAUUUCAGAAAAGACGAAACCUACAAGACCUGUUGUUAAACAGGCUUCGUUAAGACGACAGUUCUCUGAUGAAAAAGAUGCUGAAGAUCUUAAUAAAAAUAUUGAUGUAAAUAUGUUACGAUCCAAAUUUGAAGGUUCAAAUUUGCCACCAAGACCACCUGAAAGAAUGAGUUUUCGUAAAUAUGAAAAAGUGCAGGUAACUACUGUGAUACAAGAUAAUGAAUCUGAAACCUUUGUUGUUGAUAAUGUAACGUCAAAAGAUUUUGUUAUAACAAAAAAUGCCGAAAAACAAACCAUAAGAACAGAAACUCCGCCACCUCCACCACCAUUAAGAGCACGAAAAGAAUCACCGAUACCACCGCCUAUAGUUCCACGUAAGGUAAAACUUACUAAACAGACUACCAGCUUAGAAGUUGAAGAUGGUUCUGAGGCUUCCGUUGGUGAUGUGUAUGAAAAAAUUCAAGAUUUUAAUAGUUUUAGUAAUAAUAGUAAUAAAAAAGAAGCAAUUCCAAGUGCAGAUGUACAUUUAACAUCACUGGCUACUUUGAAAGCAAUUCAGGCAAAACAACAAUAUGAAGCAAAAUUAAAAGCUGACAAAACCGAAGAUGAAAAUUCAAAUUCAUUAUCAGAAUCAUCGAAAAUAAUAACGUCAUCCUUAUCAGACAGUGUACGUAAUAUAAAUGCUGAUAUUUCUAUAGGAAAAUCUUCAACAGCUAAAAUACUUUUACAUCAACAACAACAUCAAUUACAACAAGAGUACCAGAAGCAAAAAUUAUUUGAACAACAACAUUUAGAAGAAAGCAAACAGCAAAAAGACCAGAUGCCAACAAUCCAAAAACCAUUUUAUACACAAGAACGAAAUGAAAUAUCAACCACAAAAACAACAACAACAGAAAUAAUUGGAAAUGAUAUUAAUUCAAACUUGGUAACAAAAGAAACCGAUAAUCCUAAAACAAAUUCUAUUACUAUGAUUAAUAACAACAACGAACCGCAAGUAAAAAGUGCAACAACAGCUCCAACAAAUACGAAUUCUAAUACCCAACCAGAUGUUAACCAGAUAGCUACUACCACCACUACUGGUAAAGAUGAAGGACAUUGUUAUUCUACUACAAGAAUAAAACUUGCUGAUAUUAAGAAGGAUGAAACCUUUUACUCGUUGGAUGAUGAAGAAUAUCAACAGUAUUCUCUUAGUGGUCCGACAAUAGUCAAUGAACUAUACACCAUUGAGAUUUGAAUUUAUUUUUAUGAAUUAGAUUGUAAGAUGUAAAUAUAAAAAUGUCAAAUAUUUAUAAAAAAAAAUCGAUUUGUUUUAGAAAGUAAAUUGAGCAAAUUUAUAAAACAAAGAAAAAUAUACCAAAAAUUAAUAAAAUAAUAAAAUAUUGGCGCUAAACGUA